AAACACGAAGAGCUUGAAGUAAAGCUUGGACAGAGAAGAUUAUGGGACAAUAACUCGAGGGGCAUAAAGGAAAAAACAGAGGACACAAACAGAAGGAAGAGACAGAAAAAAAAAACUCGAGAGAGGUAGUGAUGGAGGGAUCUCGAAAGAACGAAAAACUCCAGGUGAAAGAAGGAGGAAUUAAAGGGAAGUCAUGUAAGGGAUGUUUGUAUUACUCAUCUGUUCAUAAAUCCAAAGAACGAAAACCUCUUUGUGUUGGCAUCAGUAGAACUCUUCAAGUACCUAGUCACAUUGUUGGAGAAUCUGAGGUGGAAGCUUCUAAAGAGCAAAGAAGGCUGACAGAUUUUAAGUAUGUAUGUGUGGGCUAUUCAGUGCACAUGGAUAGCAAAGAUAAAGAUCCAUCUACUAAUCCUGAUGCAGGGGCAAGAAACCCAUCAAAUCCACAAGGGAAACGCUCUGAAUUGCCGUUUUGUAUUGGUAUUGAGCUUUUGGUUGAUAAAAGACCUGCAGCAGCAACAGCAACAGCAACAGCAGGCCAAGCUCCAGGACAUGUUCCAGGCCGUGCUCCAGCCCAUGCUCCUGCACAUGCUCGUAAAACGGAAGAUGGUCAACCUUUGUCGCAGCCGCAACCAAGCAAGCCACCACAGCAAGCAGCAGAGGAAUUCUUGCCCAGGUUUACUCGUAAUGCAAAUAUAGUGGCGUCUGGUGUAUUGAAGAACGUAUAUAGAGUUGGCAACUACAUCAAGGCUAACGUUGAUGAUAUGAUGUACCCUUACCGUAGGAGACCCAAGUAACUAAGUUCAGAUGACAACUUUCCGCUGAAAUUGUAUAAUAGAAAGAGAAAAGUAUUAUUUAAGAAGCCAAGUUUGGAUGAAUAUUUAUUUAAGAAGCCAAGUUUGGGUUCGUCCAUUUCAUUCCAUCUUAAACUUAAGUUCUCUUCCUCAUCUUCUUCCUUUACAUUUUUUUUCCUUGUAUUUUGUUCGAGUAAUAAUGUACUAAAUGUUACUGGAAAAAAGUUAAAAUUAUAUGAUUAUUUGAGUAGUAGCUUAGAUUU